AUGCAAGUGUUUCACUGGUCCCAACCAUUGCAAACCUACAAUAUGUUUUUCUUACCACUACUCAUCGUCUUCAUUCCAUCAUCUCUCACUGUCAGCAUGAGUUUGAACAACAGUGGACACAGACAGCAAGCAAAAGCUCUGCCUCAUGCUUUUAGUCCUGGAGAUGAUAUCGUAAUUGGUGAAUUUGUAUCUAUGGUGUAUGAGGAACUGACUUUACAGACCUUUGUGGAGUUUCCACAUUCUUACAAACGAGCAACUGUCAAGCCAAAAAAUUACCAGUAUGUCCUUGCCUUUGUUUUUGCCAUUCAUGAAAUCAACAACAAUGCCAGGUUGUUACCCAACAUCACACUGGGAUCCCAGAUUUAUGAGAAUGCUUUUAGUCCACUGAUAGCCUCUUGGGCCACUUUGGAUCUGCUUUUCACCUCAGAAGGCAACCCUAUGAAUUAUCUCUGCAAGAGAGAGAAGAAGCUCAUGGCCAUCAUAGGUGGGCUCACCUCCUACAACUCCAUCCAAAUGGCCAACAUCUUAAAUGCAUACAAGAUUCCACAGCUUUGCUCUUUCCUGAGGAACAUUCGCUUUAACAAUAGUGUUGGAGAAGAGAUACAUUUCAAUGAGUAUGGAGACCUGGAAUUUGGAUAUGAUAUUAUCAACAUGAUCACAUUCCCCAACCAAAGCUUCCAGAGAGUCCAAGUUGGGAGAAUGGAUCCCAAAGCUCCUGAUGGAAAGCGGUUCAGCAUUAAUGGAAGUGCCAUUUUGUGGAAUCACGAGUUUCAACAGACAACUCCUCAUGCCACAUGUGUUGACAGCUGUAGCCCUGGUUUCAGCAAGAUUGUCCAGCCAAUGGAGCAAAUUUGUUGCUAUGGAUGUGCUCAGUGCCCUGAAGGGAAGAUUUCACUCUAUUCUAACGCAGAUCAAUGUGAGAAAUGCCCAGAAGAGGAGUAUCCGAACAAAAACCAGACUCAGUGUAUUCCCAAAACUGUGACCUACCUAUCAUACAAUGAACCCUUGGGAGCAACUUUGGCUGGCUGUACCACUUUGUUUUCCACCAUCACCAUUCUAGUGGCCUGGAUUUUCAUUCAUCACCGUCAUACUCCUCUUGUCAAAGCCAACAACUGGAAUAUUACAUGUGUCUUGCUUGCCUCACUUUUACUUUGCCUUCUGUCCUCCUUCCUUUUCGUUGGAAGACCUGGGAAAGUGUCCUGCCUCCUGCGACAAACUAUGUUUAGCAUCGUCUUCUCAACUGCUGUUUCAUCUGUCUUGGCCAAAACCAUUACUGUGGUUUUGGCUUUCAUGGCCACCAAGCCAGGAAACAGAAUGAGGAAAUGGGUUGGAAAUAGACUGGGACUAUCUAUUGUCCUUCUGUGUUCACUAAUUCAAAGUGGGAUCUGUGUUAUAUGGCUGACAACAUGUCCUCCCUUCCCAGAGCUUGACAUGCACUCCCAGAUCAGUGAGAUCAUAGUGCAAUGCAAUGAAGGCUCAGAUGUCAUGUUCUAUAUUGUCCUGGGCUACAUGGGUCUUCUGGCCAUCACCAGCUUCACUGUGGCUUUCUUUGCCAGGAAGUUGCCCGAUAGUUUCAAUGAAGCCAAGCUGAUCACCUUCAGCAUGUUGGUGUUUUGUACUGUUUGGGUCUCUUUUGUCCCUUCCUACCUAAGUACCAAAGGGAAAUACAUGGUGGCUGUGGAGAUCUUCUCCAUCCUGGCUUCCAGUCUUGGUUUACUGGGUUGCAUCUUCCUCCCCAAAAGCUUCUUUAUAAUCCUGAGACCUGAACUAAACAGCAGAGAACAAUUAGUAAGGAAAAAAUUAUGA